ACUCCCGGUGUGAUGCGGUUGCGUUCACAGACCGCGUGAAAUUACGCGGUUAGGAGUGGUAGCGUACUUUUUGUCUUCUUCAUUUGUCCAGUUUUCGUUUUCGGAAGGAAUGAAUUGAUCUUUUAAGCUCGAAGCUUCAACUCGUGGAUAAUGUACAGACUCGCAAUGGCAACGGCGCUUGAAGGCAUCCUCUUCCGGUUGUCUGCAGUUCAUACGCAGAUAUGAGACGAUAGAUCCCAGGCGUGCCGACGGCGACGCUAAGCUAGGAAGGUCAAAGUGCUCCGCGCCUUCCGUGCGUGCAAAAGACACACGAUGCUACUGGCGGUUGCGCACAAGGCUGUGCAAUCACAACAAGGGGCCUGUGCCUGGGAAUACCUUUUCACAGGCACGUCGUCGUUGAUCCGGCGUAUCUGGUUGUCCGUCUUCUAUCGCGCGACGCAAAAGCGAUCAUGUCCGCAGUUGUUGUCCGCCGGCUGGCUGCUCUCUCCGGGGCUUCGGCGGUGGGACUUGGGGCCUACGGGGCGCAUGGUUUUAAACAUAGCGACCCCGAUGAUUAUCAGAGAGCGCUCUUCGAAACGGCCAACCGGUACCACUUCUACCACAGCCUGGCCCUUCUGGGUGCCGCCCGCUCGGGCAAACCCGCUGUGGCCGCCACCCUCCUGCUCGCCGGCAUCGGGAUGUUCUGCGGGUCGCUGUACCACCAGGCCGUGACGGGGGACCCCGGUCUUCGCAAGGUGGCCCCCGUGGGAGGCGUGGCGAUGAUCGCAGGCUGGCUGGCGAUCAUCCUCUGACCUGCUGUGCGCGCGCGUUUAUCUUGGAGGAAACUUAGCGGAUCCAGCUAUAGCUACUUUUUGGAAUAAUAAUCAUAGGGAAAACCAAAAAAAAGUCUCCGUCGGAGCAAAAGCUUUUCAUUUCAUCGAUUCAACUGAAUGUGCUCAUCUCAAUUUCCAUCAAGACGUCUCCACGUUUAAUAGUCCAGCAGAACACUUUUUUUGUCACUUGAAGUCUUCCGAUAAACAUCUUCAAUAAAAGAUGAUCCAUACCGUUGGAAUGAAACUCGUCGGAGCUGAAGUUUGUCCCGAUGCAUCAAGUGGAGUUGGAAAAAAAAAACAUUUCGGGAAUUGGAAUGUCUGUGAAGCUGCACGACAUAUCUAUCUAUCGCAACGGCUCGGCGAGCAGCCCACAUGACGCUCGCCCACAUUUUUCACCCUCCUCCGAGGUGGUUGAGGAAAGUACGGCAGCAUAUCUUAUGUACGCUUCUGGACUUGGACAACUUUCUUUCAAAAAUGGCAGCAAACUCCCAAACGGAAGAUUCUUCACUUCGGGUGACCGAGAAACGCACCGCGCACGUUCAGUCGAGGCGGUUAGCCCGUCCGUCUCGAGAUGUUCUCGGGACCGACACGAAAACGGUGCGCAGUACGUCACGUGCGUGCAGUGAAUUUAGCACUCGAUUUCCUCCGGUUGAAUGGGCGAACAUUUGCCGAGGUACAGCAUGUAGCCAACUCGGAGGGACGUUCUCCCCCACUUUUCGGUUGAAAAGCUUCUAGUUGUCGUACAUUUUGAGCUGCACGCAAGCACGAAGAUGAUUUACCAGCUGCAUAAUACAACGGAAAUCAAGUGAAAGACGGCUGACGGAUCAAGCAGAGGUUCGUCGGGAUUGCUGGAAUGAAUCCAACUUCUUCUUCAAUGGUAUUGUAUUGUUCUAGAGAAAAGUGCUCAUCUGUGGGCAGAUUUAUCGCUGCGGGGAACCUUAACCUGCAUAUUGGCAGCUAACCUGUCCUCUUGUCCUUCGCUGAGAAACUCACCGACUCCGUGGCAGAUUUUUGCUGUUCGUGGCGCGGUUCGGUCCCGAACCCCGAGAACGCUCGGUGACGACGGCCCGUAUCGCUUAUUCUUGUCGUCGCGUUCGUGCUCGGGUGGAGCCGUGUUUCAAAAUAUGAUCUGCUUCGAGGUUGUCGUUUUUAAGAAGACUUCUUUAUUGCUGGCGAUAGGAAAAUGUGGGUGACGGCAGACAGUUGAGAACCGCCCGAGGUGACAGACUGUCAAAGUGUGGCUCCCUCUAGUGGUCCGAAAAAUAACGAGCGAAUUCAAGCUUCAAGCUGCACAAUACUCCAUUUCCAACAGCAGCCAAAUGGAGCGCGCAGCACACGCACGGUGAGCACGUUGCUGUCUUCGCCCGCUUAAGCCGCCGCUAAUCCCGGGAUCGUCCCGGGGAGCGCGACCGAGGACCUGCCGGAGAUGCCGAGUGAGCAGCGCGGACGGCAAACGCGGCGGGCCGAGGAAGAGGAAGCGCAAGUUCGGGGUGGCCGAGCGCUGCGUUGCCCGGGCAGCUUUCGUCCAUCCGGUUCUGCGCGUUGCUUGUGCGUGCGUGCGUGCGACGCGGAUCGUCGCCGGCUGGGUGUCCGCCGCCCCGCCCCGCCCCGCUUGACCCCACCUGUCAAGUUAGCUUGCAUGCUAGCUGGCUAAGUAGGCUAAUCGAAGAAACGAGCUUUCGAAAGCCAUGUAAAUAAAGUCUGUCUGUGCUUUGUCGACACUUCUUCCAAUACAUGUGCCAUAGUAGGCCUCUAAUUAGUCAUUCUUGCCAAUUGAGGCCGUCUUGUGUUUCCAAGUCGAAUCGUACCUGGUUUGCCUUUCAAGUUCCAUCGCAUUCGAGUGUGACGACGCUCAAUCAAGUCGCAGCCCAAUCAACGCAUCAGCGCUUUCUGAUGGGUUCCUACCCAAGUGCACUUCCGGAUUCCAGUCUGGCACAAAUGCACCAGACAACCAAAUGUUGAACCGUUUACUUUUUCCGGAAGCUCUGCACGGUGGAGGACAAAACCCGAACCAUGUGUUUUGCUUCAGACGUUUCUAACCCAUUUUAUCCGCUCUUCUUUUCCCCUUUGUUGUGACCCACGGUGCCGU